CUCCCACACCCGCGGCGCCCGCGUUCUCGCCAGCAGUGCUGGCGGCCGAUCGGCAAGCGGCACCCGCGUCUGCUGCGGCGCUGGGUCCGAGCGCGCGGCGCGGGGUAGCUGCUGCUGCGGGAGUCCGGGCUCGGGCGGGGACCCGGGGACCCGGCAUGGCUCUCCGGAGAGGCGGCGGGGCGCUGGGGCUACUGCUGCUGAGCGCCGCGUGCCUCAUCCCGCCGAGCGCGCAGGUGAGGCGGUUGGCGCGCUGCCCCGCCACUUGCAGCUGUACCAAGGAGUCCAUCAUCUGCGUGGGCUCCUCUUGGGUGCCUAGGAUCGUGCCUGGCGACAUCAGCUCCCUGAGCCUAGUAAAUGGAACAUUUCUGGAAAUCAAGGACCGAAUGUUUUCCCAUCUGCCUUCCCUGCAGCUGCUAUUGCUGAAUUCUAACUCAUUCACGGUGAUCCGGGAUGAUGCCUUUGCUGGCCUCUUUCAUCUUGAAUACCUGUUCAUUGAAGGGAACAAAAUAGAAACCAUUUCAAGAAAUGCCUUCCGGGGGCUCCGUGACCUGACUCACCUUUCUUUGGCCAACAACCACAUUAAAGCACUUCCAAGGGACGUGUUCAGCGAUCUGGAUUCCCUGAUUGAACUAGACUUAAGGGGUAAUAAAUUUGAAUGUGACUGCAAAGCCAAAUGGCUGUAUCUAUGGCUGAAGAUGACAAAUUCCACCGUGUCUGAUGUGCUGUGUAUCGGUCCACCAGAAUACCAGGAGAAGAAACUCAACGACGUGACCAGCUUUGACUAUGAGUGCACCACCACAGAUUUUGUGGUCCAUCAGACCCUGCCGUACCAGUCGGUGUCAGUAGACACGUUCAACUCCAAGAACGACGUGUACGUGGCCAUCGCGCAGCCCAGCAUGGAGAACUGCAUGGUGUUGGAGUGGGACCACAUAGAAAUGAAUUUCCGCAGUUAUGACAAUAUCACAGGCCAGUCCAUCGUGGGCUGCAAGGCCAUCCUCAUCGACGACCAGGUCUUUGUGGUGGUGGCCCAACUCUUCGGAGGCUCUCACAUUUACAAAUACGACGAGAGCUGGACAAAGUUUGUCAAAUUCCAAGACAUAGAGGUGUCUCGAAUUUCCAAGCCCAAUGACAUCGAACUGUUUGAGAUCGACGACGAGACAUUCUUCAUCAUCGCCGACAGCUCGAAGGCGGGGCUGUCCACAGUUUACAAGUGGAACAGCAAAGGCUUUUAUUCCUACCAGUCGCUCCACGAGUGGUUCAGGGACACGGAUGCAGAGUUUGUUGACAUCGACGGGAAGUCGCACCUCAUCCUGUCUAGCCGCUCCCAGGUCCCCAUCAUCUUGCAGUGGAAUAAAAGUUCCAAGAAGUUUGUCCCCCACGGUGACAUCCCCAACAUGGAGGACGUGCUGGCUGUGAAGAGCUUCCGAAUGCAGAACGCCCUCUACCUUUCCCUCACCCGGUUCAUCGGGGACUCGCGGGUCAUGCGGUGGAACAGUAAGCAGUUUGUGGAGGUCCAGGCUCUUCCGUCCCGGGGGGCCAUGACCCUGCAGCCCUUCUCCUUCAAAGAUAACCACUACCUGGCCCUAGGGAGUGACUACACAUUCUCACAGAUAUACCAGUGGGAUAAAGAGAAGCAGCAGUUUAAAAAGUUUAAAGAAAUCUAUGUGCAGGCUCCCCGGUCCUUCACAGCCGUCUCUACUGACAGGAGAGAUUUCUUUUUUGCGUCCAGUUUCAAAGGGAAGACAAAGAUUUUUGAACAUAUCAUUGUUGAUUUAAGUUUGUGAAGGUGUGAUUGGAAGAAUUUCAAAGAUGUGUAGUGUUCAAAGAUGUGUAGUGUUAGCUCUCACAAGAGAGACAGGACCAAGAAGAAAUAAUAAUACAUAAUAAAAAAAAUCAUAAAAUAAGCCAGGCUCAGAGCUCUGAAAUUAAAAUUCAUAAUGCACUGGGAAAAUAGUUAGAUAUUUUCAAACUUUUAAGAUUCACAUUUUAACCAGGGAUUGCAUUUUUCUUUUGGCUGAUUGCAUGACAGGCCUGUGCUGCUGUUGACAAGUGACAUCUUAAAGCCUGUAAUUUCUGAGAAAGGAGUGCAGCAUCUUUACCAUCUAGAAGGCAAUGUGCUUCUACUUUAUUUUCAAUAAGAAAGGAUAAAACGGACAAGAUGAGCUAGCCCCUUUAGUGAAAUUAAGAAAGACAAGAAGCCCCCACCUGGCCAACCCCACCAACCUUUUCCAUCCUAUCUUAGCAGUCUUUCGGCUAAGAACUGGCAAAGCCACAGUAAGUUGAAAAGCUUUGCUGAUCAUUUGUUUGAAAAUCUUAGAAUGCUCCACAGUGCUAUUUUGAGCCAUCUUAGUUUCCUGAAAGUCACACCAGGUCAGUCUUCCAGAAUCUUCCUUGGAGCAGAACCUUGAUUUUUGCCCUCAUCUGAGUCGGCUCCCUCACGAGCUUACAGCUUCAUGUUUGAUAUCAUUUUCUCUGCCACAGAGGAAAUAUUCUGGUGACACAUGUCUAGGCCAGCAUGGGAUGUGGCCAAGAUAAAGGGGGCUUCCCUGUGUUUGGUUGCGCGCUCGAGUGUGUGUGUGUGUGUGUGUGUGUGUGUGUUAAAGGUGACCCUCCAGGUGGCUGGAGCAAUCGUGCGUUUGAUGUUCUCUGUUGCUCACUCAAAUCUCUGAACCUAUCCUUUCAGUUUGUGGGUAGCUGGCAGACAGGCCAAAGGCUGAAUGGUGCUUUUCAUCUGUCCCUUAGAGGGAUGGAACAGGUGUUUCCAUCUCCUGCACAUCGGGUAGGGUUUUUGAAGUGAGAUUUUACAGGGUCAGAGGGCACUUUACUCAGAUCUCCGUGUACUUUGCGACCCAGAGGGGGUCCUUUGAUUGUUACACGUCUUUGCCCUCUGGACAACUUAAUAUUUCAAGUAAUUGAUUGAAUAGCAACCUGCCUACCUGCCCACCUGCCUCCCUUCCUCCUGGAACAGUCCUUUGUUAAGUCGUAGGUAUCACAGUGGCUGGCUCGCGCGGCCCUGCUGAAGUUUCUGAGCAUACAAAAGUCAAACCCGCAGCGAGGAUGCUUUAGACAGGGGCGCACCUUCCUCUUCCAGCACACUAGCAAUAGGGAGCAUGGCCACGCUAGUGGUGGGGGAUCCCAUAGAGCUUCAGGCGGGACCAGCUAGAGCCAGAUGGGCUUAAUCUCCUAGGCCAGGUCUGUGUGUGGGACCAGGUGGCUUAUUUCAAAAUAGGCCUCCAGUAGGGACAGCAGGGAAGCUCUUGGGGUCUGAUUUUAUAGAUAGUUGCAGAGUGGAUAUUCUGUCUAAGCAGCUGCUUUAGGGAAGUGUUAUGCAGAGUAACCCUGUCCCGCUGCAGUAUAAUGUAGUUUUGAUGGUCAUCCUCACGCUGUAGAUAGGUAGAGGGUAUGCCACAAAUGUGAAUGUCUGUUGUCUCCUGGCUGUAAGCAUCAGGGGAUGAUCAGUGUGCCACACUGCAGAGCUAUACAUUGAUGAUAAUCGGCACCCCUGGCUGGUGCUGCCAGCAUAGGGGAUCAAGGACUGGAAUAAACUCUGGCUCUAUAGUGCGAUUGCUUAGACCGCUGGUGCUAAAUGCCAAGCAAAUAGAAAGAAUGGUCUUGUUUAAUUUUCUAAGCAUAAAUUGUGCUUUUUUUUUUUUUUUUGCCUUCUUGGUUCAUUUGGAUUGACCAUGAGUUCCCAGCUCUCUGUAUUGGAGGCUGAAAGUGUGAUGUUUCUGCUGUUCCUUCCCAUGAAGAACUGGAGAGCCAUGCUCCUCUGUCCCCAAGACAGGCUGGUAGCACUGACGUCAGGUAGAAAUAACUCUUUGGCUUCCCACCACUUGUAGAGGAACCCACAGAGGUAUCUCUCAGAGUGUCACCUCUACAGAGCCGUGUGUCCGCUGCUCUGUGCUCUCUCACAGAGCGAAGCCAGGGAAGCCAGGGACUCGCCGUUGUCAUCACGUUCAGAAAGCCAAGAUACGUGGGGUUUGACUUGGGGGUAGGGCAGGCUGUCAGACCCAGAUGAAGCAUUUGAGGAGCGGAAAAAGACCCCCAGUAGGUGGUGUGGCUGGGGUAUGAGAGGACUGGCAUUUGGCUCUGCUGCAAUCAAGUUUUCUUUUUAAGACAAGGUUUUAUAAGACUGGAGCCUGUAGCCUUCUGAGUUCUGUGCUAUGGGAGGAGAUAUUUGUUCUGGCCAACUUAGCGAAGGAACAUAGAUGUUCUUGGCAUAAGGUGGGAAGUUUUGCUUCAUUAAUCUUACUGCUCUCUCCCAAGAAUCCCUGAAGUUUUAAGCAAUUUCUGCAAAAUGCUUUCUUCCAGUAAAAUAACAAAACCCACCCACGCAGCCAUAACCAGAGCCCAAAGCAGAGAAAUGCAUAGGACUGUCUAGCUGAGGGGGACUGGUCCCUCCUUCCCCCUCCUUCCUGCUUUCCCCCUCCCCCUUCCUCCUCUCCCUCUCUCCCUCUCUUCCUUCCUCCUCAUUUCUUCUUUCUUUCCUUCCCAACACCCAUCCACUGACAGCUGCUGUUUGUCCUUGGUCCAUCCCUGCAGCUGGGUUCCUAAGAUGACCCUUCCUGUCUUCAGCCAUGUGGCUUUAAAGCCAUAGCCUGGAAGCAAGGGUUAGUCCUCAGACUCUGUAGGAUCGGUAGUAGAUUUCUAUAAAGACUAAAAAUAAACCAUAGGACUGACAAGCACUCAGUUCUUGGGCCGUGGAUAAGAUCAGUGCGCAUCCCAGAAGAUUCCUGUCAUUCCCGCUGCCUGUGCAUCUGUGUUCUGCUCCUGUGUCACAUGUAGCUCUUUGGUUUACAGAGGGCAGAUGUUACUCUAAUUUCAGAGAGAAGGGAAUAGACAGAGAAGCGAAGUGGAUGGCCUGCCUGAGAUUAUCCAGUUUUAAGCAGCACCGCUAGACCGUUGCCGUGGACAGCAGGUGCUGCAUUCUCUCCCUCUAAUGCUCUGCUGUGCCCACCCAAAGACAGACUCUGUUACCAUGACAGUGAAGAUGCCAGCAGCUCUUGUAGAUGAAGUCAAAGUACAAGCAGAAUGAAGAGCUGCAGGGGUGAUGGUGGGGAGUCCUGCCUGACACACACGCCGUUCAGUUGUCAACACCAUCAAACAGUUAGCAAGCACCUCAGAGCUCUGGGACUUGCCUAACCGGGCUUGAGAAAGCCUUCCAGAAGUGGUGGAUGGCUUCAGUUGUCUAGAAAGGAUUUCUAGCAGGCAUGGCUGUAUCUCCUCACACAUAGCCAUGGAGGGAAUGCUGAGGCUGGACACAUCUGGUUCUUAUCACGGUGUCUAUCAGAUAUGCUGAGUUCUAGGAGAGAGAAAUUAAAACCCCAACUCAGGAGCUGCCAUGAUGAAUUGCUCUGGGCCAGUGCUGUGGUGUUCUUGUGGAAUGAGGCUGCACGUUUUUGUGGGGGGAAAGAAACCAAUGUGAGAUUCAGCAAGUUGAUUGCUGGGGGUGCUCAUGGUGGAAAGUUCUCUGGCUAAGGGAGCUCCGUGCAAGCCAGAUGAAGGUCUGCGGGAGGGGCUCUGGUUUGCGUGCCCCCUUAAAGAAAACCUCUAGUCAGCUUCCUGGUUCUUCUGCAGAAGAAUCACUCCUUGGGUGGUUUAACUCCUCGUGCGAUUGAAUAACUCUGGAAGGAAGUUAUUUCCUUAGGCAACGCCAAGGGGUUUCAUUCCACGGCAUGCUAGAGCGGAGUCAGCAAUCUAGCAGCGGGUGCAAAGAACAAGGUAGUUUAGAUCUGGGGCACGGUGGGAAAAGUGGGGAGAAAUGCGCGGCAGACAGACGGGUUAGGGAGUGAACACGUUGGGGGCAGGAGGAAGAAGCUUGAAAGAGUGAUCAUGAUUUCUGUUGCCUUAGCAGAGGGUAGGAUGGCCAGGCCAAUCAGCAGCAUGCCAGUCUCUGAACAGCAUUCACUGUAAUGCUGGUUCAAAUAUCAGUGACAUCACUGGGCCACUGGGCUCUCAGCUGGCACUCUGUUCUUUACCCUGUCUCAUUGCUUGUGCCAGAAGCCACCUCGUUCUAGUGGGAAACUAUGCAUUCCCUAUCCAACCCCCUGACUAUCAGGAAUGUAUGAGAACUGUGACCAAAUAGGCCAAUAUGCCAUUUGGUACUGUUUUUAUGUCUUUUAAAUGCACAACUUAGGUGAAAUAAUCCUUUAUACAUGUAUGGAAGUCAGUUUUACAGUAGGCGGACAAUGCCCGGAUGUGUUUUAAAGCUGUAUCUACUUAGCUCUUUUUGGAAAUUAGAUUGGACACAUGAUAUGCCUCUUAAUUCUAUAUAUUCUGUA